AAUGUGAUAUUGUUUAAUUUAAAUGUAAUCAAAAGUUAAAAAUUGCCGGGAAAUCAAAAGUGCAGGCUGUGCUUUACACAAAAGAAGAAUCGUUGCUUGAGACCCACGUUGCAAUUUGCAAUUGCCUUUACAGAUCAUUAUGAACGCAGACGAUCUGGAGGACACUCAUUUGUGCAUCAAGUGCAAUGCCACGAUCCUCGGACUCGAGAAGUACAUCGAGCACCGGAAACGGAACUGUCUGAUGACGGAGAAACCAAUUGUGACCCCCACAACAGAUGGUCCACCAACCACCUCCACUCUCACACAAGUAUCCCCGACAAUCAUCAGUAGCAGUAACUUGGAUCACACCUACGAUGGCUUCCAUUUCACGGAACCGGAGGCUCCUAGCAGCUAUCUCCGUAAAACUACAGCUAGCCAUGGGGGAAAGGCAUCCAAAUCCCUGACAGAAGCCUACGACUUACCCUAUGAACUAGGAGCUGAUCUGUUCUUUUCCUCACUGCAACUGCAGAGUGUUUCGACGGGUGGAAAAACGGGAUCUGUGGCUCGCCAGGAGAGAAGCAAAGAGGAGUCCUGGCCAGCGCCCAGGGGCGAUCCUUUGCUGAAAGCUGUGAGGGAACAGGAUGAGGCGGUGUUCAAGCCCCUCAACUUUGAUCACGAUUCCCCUGAGGCCAGUGAGGAGGAGGAGGAUGAGGAGGAACACGAUGACUUUGAUGCUGAGGAGGAAGAUGAGGACUACGAUGUGCGACGUCACUCGCCACCCACUGUGCCUGCCACCCACACGGGUGGCAAGUGGAAACCAGAGCACCGCCCACAACUCAGACAUCCACAUAUAGAACGCGUCUCGCCCAGCUGGGAUGAGCCUCCGGAGGAGUCCUACACCCAUCCCCCGGCAGAUCAUACAAAGGGCAAAUGGGUACCGGGUAGCAAACAGUUGGAGUACCGAGAAAAUAUAGAUCUAACCAAACUGGAACAACCGGGAGCCAGUUAUUGGUGCAACAUCUGCUGCAGGCGACUGAAGAGUCGCCUGAACUACGAGCAACAUUUGAGAAGUGGCUACCAUGUAAAGAGAGCCGAUGCAGAGUGCCACCUGGAGCAGGCAAACCUGGGCAGGGAACUUAGCCUGAGCAAGGAUUUCGCAGUGGAAAAGAGUGAGGACAAGAAGGAACCAAAGUCCUCGAAACGUCAGAGAAGAGCCAAUCUCUUGCGAUGCGAUCUUUGCCGGCACACAAUGGCCAGACAUUUGAUGGGCAAGCAUUUGAUAUCCCAUUACCACUACAGAAGACUCCAGCAGCAGAGUCGGUUGAAGAAACAAUCUUGUCUGCAGGAUAUACUCAGCCACAUGGGCAGCAUAGUGAGGCAAUCACCCUUCCAGUGCCUGCCCUGCAGAUUCUAUUUCAACACGGAAGAAACAUUUCUCCAACACUGGCAAUCCCCGGAGCACUUGGAGGUCACUCAAAAAUUAGGUGGAACCUUUUGGUGUGGCUAUUGCCAGUAUGAGUGCCAAACCAAUGAAAUUAUGUGGCUCCAUUUGCUGCAUCCCUCUCACAAAGAAGUGGUUUUGGCCCUCAACAGAUCGGUUCCCAUAUGUAUAGCCCAAAGAAGGGGACUUCAGUGCUCCAGUUGUGGAAUGGGUUUCUUGUACAAUUUCCAACUACGUCGGCACUUCAGUUCGGAACAUCCUGGUCUUCCGCCUUCAGGAACCGCAGCGGAUGAAUACCAGAGUAGAUUCCGAUGUGGCUUGUGUGGUGCUCCCCAGAAAUCCCGUUUGGCUCUGCAGCGUCAUGAAAAGCAUAAGCACCAUGUGGCCAAGUAUUACUGUGCCAUCUGUAGAUUGGAAUUUGAUUCACCUUUGGAGGCGCGACGUCAUCGAAGCUUGAUGCAACAUAAACUUAAGGCCAAACCUAAAAAAUCAAUCUCACAGCCGGAAAAGGAAAUAGAACAUAUGCUAAGGGAAGUCCUAGAGGAGGCCACUCCUAAUCCACCCGCCAAAAAGACUAAAGUUGUCAACUUAAAAUGCUCAAAUUGCCAAACAAUCUUUGACUCACCUCAGAUUUUAGCCAAACAUCGAGCUGAAGUUCAUUCGGCGGAUAAUCAUUUGUGUUUGAGCUGUGGAACCAGUUUUCAAUCUGCUCAGGCUUUGGGAAGGCACACAAGGAGCUGUCAACCCCAAGCCAGUACUUCAUCCUCCGCCAAUCCAUCUGUUUCCCAAAGUAAACCCACCUACUCCUGUGAUCAAUGUAGCUUCAAAGCUCAGUACGAGUCCGAUCUGGUUUAUCAUCGCAUUUUCCACACACGAUCCGAAACAAUAGGGAAAAAUGAGCUUCUUCAGUGCCCCUUGUGUCCGAAGAAUUUUAAAAAACACUCGCUGAGAGCUCAUUUAAGAAACCACACAGAUGAAAAGAUUUUUGAGUGCACUGAAUGCCUUCUGAAAUUUGCCAGAAGACAUAAUCUAAAGAACCAUAUGGCAACCAUGCAUGCCAAAAAGGAGGAUCAGGAGAAGGCCAAGAUGGCCAAGAAGAAAUCUGAAGAUCAACCAAUAGCCAAAUUUCAAUGUGGAACCUGUGGAAAAAUACUGGCCAAAAAGUAUUCCCUAAAACUACAUGAGUCGAGUCACUCGAAGGAAGUGGAGCGGCGGUAUCGCUGCCAUUUUUCGGACUGUUCGUAUGCAGGUGUGACCCCGGAAAGCCUCAAGACCCACCUGAUCUCCCACGCCCAGGGGAGCCACAAGUGUGAGCGGGACAACUGCAGCUAUGUGGGAAAGAGCGAGAUGCACCUGAAAAGGCACCUCAAGUCGGCCCAUUCCGGCAAGGAGGAGGGCGGUGCGGAGUGGUUCUCGUGCGAUCAAUGCGAGUUCAGGGCCCGCAUCAAGGGACACCUCCGCCGGCACUCGCUGCGCCACUCCGGACAGAAGCCCCACCAGUGUCCCCACUGCGACUUCCAGUGCAGCACGAUCGACAACCUGCGGAAGCACAUCAUCAAGACGGGCAAGCAUCCCGGCAAGUUCAUCUACGAGUGCACCAAGUGCUCCGACCAGGCGGCCAGCGAGGUCUUCAAGAGCAACAGCUUCAAGGAGUACCAGAAGCACUUGGACACUCACAAAGCGGUAUUAAAAAACAUUUUAUAGAAAACUCAAAACUAACUACACUUGGUUGGAGGAUUAAUUCAGGACAACCCAAAAAUUGCGGAUUUACACAUAUAUCAGCCCAAUAAAUAUCAUGAAAAUGAGAUGGUCAAAUGAAAAACGACGAAUUUAUUGUAAUAUUUUAACGUUAUUUCUUAUUACUUUUUCUAUACGCCUCCCAAUAUUUUGAAAUA